UGCCUACGUAGCUGCAGGCUGAGCUUGCAAGCGAGCGAUGGCGAGUAUAAAGGUCAGCUUGGGGAGAACACUGUCUUCAAGAAUAUGAUCCGAUGGGAAGACAUGGCAGCCAGGACACCGAUGAUUUGCUCGCGCUGCGCAAAGCUCAGAUUUGAUACGACACCACAAGCGAGACAAACCCAUGUGCUCGGCAGGCCAUCCACAUGGAAUCGCGGCUGCAGCGUCUGUACUUAUCUGGCUGUUCUCGCUGGCAUUGAAGAGGUUCCUCAAUAUAUCGAUCCAUUAGAUGAUGAGCCACUAUACCAUAUCGUCCCCUUCAACACCAGCACGAUAUUCGAAGAUCCGCCGACAGUGCGUCUGAGAGACCCAGCUCAGCCGGUGUCGUUCGCCGUCGUCGAGGCAGACAACGUCGGCGACGCGGAUGGUCAACAGCUCUUCAACUGUGUGCGUGGUCGAGGAUGGGCAAGUCCCGUGCCGUCUGCGAAGAGCGUCACUGCAUUUUCUGCGCGCCUACUUGAUAGUAGAAUGGACUUUGGAUUUGUCAAGGCACAGCUCAAAUCCUGCAAAGACAAUCACCCUGCUUGCCGGUCGAAUUUCCAGCGACCGAUGAAGACUAUCAAGCUGAUCGACUGCACCACGCACCGAAUAUUUGAGCGCGAACGCGACGAACCAUAUUUGACGCUGAGCUAUGUCAAUCGAUCUGUCAACUUCGAUGUGACUCGCCACAUCAAGGCUCAGACGUUGGUAGCACCACCCACACUGUAUAGCGAUGCUAUGAGUUUGACCACCAAACUCGGGUACAAGUACCUAUGGAUCGACAACUACUGCAUCCCACAGCCGCCACCGGGUCAGCAGUUCUCCAAAGGCUCGCCCGAGAAAGCAAAGCGGAAGGAGCAAGUACAGCAGAUGGAUCAGAUAUACACGCGAUCUGACCUGACUAUCAUUGCUCCUGACUUUCUUGACGGCUUGCCAAGGGCCAGUCAAGUCGGAUCUUCGAGCAAGGUCUUUCAAGUGGGCGGCCUACCAUUCGUGCUGUGCCCUACAUCGCCCAGAUACGAGAUCGAGAACUCAGAAUGCAGCGAACGAGGUUGGUGCUACCAGGAAGCAACUCUUGCAGUACGACGCGUUGUUGCGCUCAAGGACCAAGUCUACUUCAAGUGCAAGACAGCGCAUGCUCUUGAAUCUCUCCACGGAACGAUAGACCCUCUCACCCUUGUGACUCAGCCGCAGUCCAGAGGCAACGGGACUGCUGAGUUUCACAGGUGGAAUGAAUUCGAAGUCUUCGCCAAUCUUGCCCAAAAGAGACCUGACAGCCUCAACCACGUCUACAACCACAUUGCAGAAUACACCAAACGCCGAUUCACGCAAUACGAUGAUAUUCUAGAAGCGAUUGCCGGACUUCGCAACCAGUUCAAAAUGCUCUAUCCGGAGCUAUUGACAGUCUCCGGCAUUCCAAUCCUACCUCGUAGCAACAAAGAGGUCUCUAGUUCUCUCGACCGCUUCGUGACAGCUCUGUGCUGGAAAACGGCAUUUGACUGCGAUCGUCGACCAGGAUUUCCAAGUUGGUCGUGGACUGGACACUAUAGACCAGGUUUCAUCGCAGGCAAGCCACUUGAGCAUGCCCUAGGCGCUGUCAAUCCGUACUUGGACACAGGAGAGCGAAGUCUGGUUGCGAGUCCCAAUGUGGAGAUUUUGUUAAAUGAUCCAGAGCUCCAAGCAUCGCAGGUCGUGGUCAACGAGGCCUUCCCGAAAACACUCCAGAAGUCUGGGCUGGAACUUACAUCCGAACCCUCUCAAUUGAUUAUAGAAGCUCAAGUGAUCGAGAUUCAGUUUGAACGAUGGCUGCGCGACCUCCCAGGAGACACACAAUCGCCAUAUGGUCACGCUGCAGUCAAAGGCACAAAAUUUUCGAAGACAGCAAAGAAUCAACGACGAGAAUGGCAGCGUGUUGGCGUUGUGGACUUGUAUGACCAGGCUGAAACGAUACUUAUGAAAGAGGCGGAACGGAAGCAGAUCAUAUUGUCGUGA